CUGCAUUUGCUUUUCAAAAAUACAAAAAACCCCUCCAUUUCCAUGGCGAGAGCUUGGAUUGAUGGCGACGAAAGCGCCAAAGAAAUGCUAGCUAGGGUUUUAACAGACUGCCCCUUUCUCCUCCUCCCUCCGCUCCAUCGGGUCCCUCUCCGUGUCGGCAAUGUCGUCGAGAUCGCCGGUCCAUCUCCCUCCGCCAAAUCCGAGAUCUUAAUUCAGGCUGCAAUCAAUUGCAUUCUUCCCAAGGAGUGGAAUGGUGUUCAUUAUGGUGGGUUGGAGCGUUUAGUAAUGUAUUUUGACUUGGACUGCCGUUUUGAUGUUCUCCGUCUCUCUCAAUCAUUAAAGCAUCGUAUAGUAGAUGCUCAUGGACCAGGUGCCAAUAUCCAUUUGGAACUACACAAGAGUCCACAGGAAUAUGAUGAUACAAUGGCUUUGAGAACCCAUUCUGAUGAGGAACUAUUUGGAGUUUGCAUGAAACGCUUCUUGUAUAUCCGUUGUUAUAAUAGCAUCGAAUUUUUGGCUGCUCUCAAGGCAGACAAUGCGUUAUCAUCUCCAAAAGGAAAGCGAAGUACAUGGUGUUGGUGCUCAUUUCCUUAUGAUUGAUAGUAUUAAUGCUUUUUAUUGGGUAGAUCGAGCUUCUAGACCAUUGCCAUCGGCAGGUGAUCACAGGAGAAAUCUCUCUCUUCAAAGUGUGAUAGAAACUGUUGUCCAAGAAAUUCGUAAGCUUUUACAAGUGCAACCAAUGCUUGUAUUAGCUACAAAAGCAAAUAUAUUAGGGACGGGACCUUUAGAAAGCAGUCUGAAAAGGACUCCCCUAAAGGGGUCUCAGCAAGGUACCUCUGGUUUAAUAACUUCAAGUAGUGCAUCAGAAAAUCAUUUCUAUCGUGACUUUAUGCCUUCAGUCUGGCAGUCAUUUGUUACACACAGGAUCCUCCUCCAUGCUUCAGAUGAAAAUUUUCAGCAGAGAAGUUUGCCAAUCUAUUUUUCUCAAUGGGUGCUGCCAUCACUGAAUUUUGUAGACAAAUUUAUUGCAAUUUUGAAAGUGCUGCAGCAUCAAGCUGGAAUGGAAGUUCCAGAAUAUGUGCUGCCACUUACAGCCCUAUUAACGGAAUUGUGCUACAGAAGAGAAAAGGAAGGAGUCAUAGGACAUGAAUCACAGCCACAGGAACAGGAUAGGAGGAGAAGUCUCUGACAUGUUGAAGAAUGAAAACUUUAAAAUAGAAUGAACAUUAUAGUUUAUGCAAGUCUGGACUCUAGUCUAGACUCUAGAGUAGAGACCUCACUCCUCCUCAGGUAUGUUAAUAACUUAAUAAUUUAAUAUAGAAUAAAUUAUGAAAAAUAAUUGCAAACACCUACACAUGUAAGAUAUUUUGAUAUUAUAUUCUUUUUAAUAUAUUUAUCAUUGAUAGUAGAUAGUUAGAAAAUUAAAUAUAUGAGUUUUGCAGUCAAAUCUAGGUUGUCUGGUUCAUAAAUUCAUCAGACAGUCUGAUACAACUUCUCACCAAAGAGUGGACCAUUACACUACCAUAAACAUGUUCCAAAUUAUAAAUGAAUGCAUAUUUAGAAUAUUUAGAAUAUUC